CUUCAACGUAUACACUCACCUGCAGCAGGUAUCCGCUAUUCCAGCACACUUGUGCUCGAUUUUCUAUUUGCGACAAUUAUAUCGUCGUCUUCGCUCAGUUCUGCUGCAUCGUACUCUCUGCGUUCUUGAGAGUCCCCUUUUUCGGUACAAUAGCAUGGCAGACGAUGUGGGGACACAUCGAGUGGCUUUGCAGAGCUGUCCUCCCGGCCAUCAUCGUUAUUUCGCCUGUCUUUUCACCCUUGCCACCAGCCUUUAUCACAGAUUUGACCAGCAGGGCGUCACAUCUGACCUUGAUGAGGCCAUUGAGCUCUAUCGAGCUACACUCCUCCUUGGCUUGGAUCAUUCUAACCGAUCCGCAUCUCUCAACAACCUCGCCUUGAGCCUUAAUCGCAGAUUCGAGCAACGGAGCGUCCCGUCUGAUCUUGAUGAGGCCAUUGAGCACCAUCUGGCUGCACUACAUCUCUGUCCCCCCGGUCGCGCUCAUCGAUCCGAAUCUCUCAACAAUAUUGCUAUGGGCCUUCGAUAUAGAUUCAAGCAACGUGGCGUCCCAUCUGACCUUGAUAAGGCCAUUGAGCUUGACCGGGCUGCAUUACUACUCCGCCCGCCCGGUCAUUCUAAGCGAUCUUCGUCUCUCAGCAAUCUUGCCCUCGGCCUUCGUGAAAGAUUCCAGCAGCGGGGCCUCCCAUCUGACCUCAACGAGGCCAUCGAGCUCAAUCGGGCUGCACUACUCCUCCUACCCCCCAGUCAUUCAGAUCGAUUCGCGUCCCUCAACAAUCUUGCCCUCGUCCUUCGCGACAGAUUCCAGCAGCGGAGCCUCCCAUCUGACCUUGAUGAGGCCAUUGAGCACAAUUGGGCUGGACUACUACUCUGUCCACCCGGUCAUUCUGAUCGAUCGAUGUCUCUCGAAAAUCUUGCUGCCUGCCUUGAAGACAGAUUCAACCAGCGGGGCGUGCCAUCUGACCUUGAUGAGGUCAUUGAGCUCAAUCGGGCUGCAUUGCUACUCCGCCCACCCGGUCAUUCUGAACGACCUUCGUCUCUCAGCAAUAUUGCCCUCGGCCUUCAUAGAAGAUUCCAGCGGCAGGGUGUCCCAUCUGACCUCAAUGAGGCCAUUGAGCUCAAUCUGGCUGCACUACUCCUCCGCCCCCCUGGCCAUUCUGAUCGAUCCAUGUCUCUCAACAAUCUUGCUGCAAACCUUGAGGAGAGAUUUGAGGCGCAGGGAGUCCCAUCUGACCUUGAUAUUGCCAUCAAGCUCAAUCGGGGUGCAUUACUCCUCCGCCCACCCGGUCAUUCUGAUCGAUCUAUGUCUCUCGACAAUCUUGCCGUCAGCCUUGGGGAGAGAUUCGAGCAGUGGGGUGUCCCAUCUGACCUUGAUGAGGCCAUUACGCUCCAUCGGGAUGCACUACUCCUCCAACCACCCGGUCAUUCAGAUCGAUCCAUGUCUCUCAGCCAUCUUGCCACCCGCCUUGGAACCAGAUUCAUGCAGCGGGGUGUUUCAUCCGACCUGGAUGAAGUAUUUCAACUGUUUUUGCAGCUCUCCCACCCAUCACAUGCAGCAUCUAAGACAGAUCUUAGUGUUGCCAAAUCAUGGGCGGCAUCUGCCGACGGCAUGAAGCACGACUCUGCAUUGCUUGCCUAUAAGACUGCACUGAAAUUCCUCGAUCAGCAAGUUGCUCUCUUGUCGUCUUCUUCGCGUCAUUUCGACGUCAUCAGUAAGGCUGUUUCUUCCCUUGCCACAGAUGCUUUUUCGUGCAGUGUUCGUUGUGGUGCGCUGACGACUGCUGUGGAAUUAGUGGAGCAAGGCCGUGCAGUAUUCUGGACCCAGUUGGCACGCUUCAGCACACCACUUGAUGAACUUUCUGUUUCAGGUGACACCGGCGCAGCCUUGGCGGAAGAGUUCAAACGAUUGAGCUUUCGCCGUCGUAACGCGUUUGAUCAGUCUACUGAAGACCAGUCUCCGCAAAUACGGAAACUGGCUAUGCAAUGGGAUGACGUCGUCUCACGCAUUCGCACACUUCCCGGUUUUUCCCGUUUUCUCCUGCCUUCCCUGUUCUCCGACCUACAGAGGGCGGCGGAAGAUGGUCCAGUCAUUAUUGUCAAUGCAAGCAAGCAUAGCUGUGAUGUCUUGAUUAUCCUCGCUGCCCAAGAUCCCAUCCACGUUCCACUCAAUAUCGCGCAAGCCGAUGUCUCUGAGUUGUCCUCCGAAUUUCAGUCCCUCGCAGAGCAAUUUGGUUCUUCUGAUCAUCAACACAAGCUUGUCGGCAUCCUCCGCAAGCUUUGGGAUUAUAUUGUUCACCCCGUAGUCCAAGUCCUUGAGAAGUCUAAAAUUCACAUUCGCUCGCGUAUCUGGUGGUGUCCCACUGCUGAAUUCGUGCUGCUCCCUCUACACGCAGCAGGACCUUACGAGAAGAAGAAAGACAAUUUGUCUCAGAUUUUCAUCUCCUCUUACACCCCAACUUUGGCGACACUCAUUCGGGCGAGACAGCAGGUUUCUCGACCUGCGUGUACGCAGCAUUUUGUCGCCAUUGGUCAAGGAAACCCGGACGCAGGGAAGGAACUGCGUUGUGUCGCUCCCGAGUUAGCGGUCGUAGCUCAGCGUCUCGACUCCGUCGUGUCCUUCACAUCGCUUGAGGACGGCGAUGCAACAGUCCAGGGUGCACUUGAUGUACUAAAUCAUAAUCAGUGGCUCCACCUAGCCUGCCAUGGGGUGCCGAAUCGACAACAACCAUUUGAGUCUUCCUUUGCAAUGCGCGACGGGCCCCUAAUGGUCAAAGACAUCAUCCGGUCUCACUGGCAGAAUCCGGAGUUCGCUUUCUUAUCAGCGUGUCACACUACCGUGGGGCAUGAGGGGAGUCCCGAUGAGUCGAUCCAUCUCGCUGCGGCUAUGCAAUUCUCUGGAUUUCGCAGUGUCAUAGGUUCAAUGUGGUCUGUGGACGACGAGGUUGCGCGCCAGGUUGUGUCUGCUUUUUAUGGCCACCUGGUUGAUGGUUCAGGGAGAUUGGAUUGCACACGGGCUGCGGUAGCGUUGCACAAGGCUAUGAAGUUGUUGCGCAAGAAGAUUCCACUGGAACAGCAAAUCGUAUUUAUUCACAUAGGUAUCUAGUUUUAUGGGCUGUAUUGUCGCAUUCCUUCAAUAAUCUCUGCUUGCUUUCAUCCACUUUUUACUUCCAUCCAUCCAUGCGCAUUUACAUCACACAGUGUUACCACAACAAGUGCCAUAUGGC